AUGCUGGAGGCUGGUCUCAUUCUCAUCUUCUACUUUUUCACCUCCUACGAUGAUUCCCCCAAGAAACAGAAGAAGCUCAUGGGGACCUAUCAAGGCUUCCAGGAUGUUACGGUGAUGGCAGCCCUCGGCUUCGGCUUCCUCACCUCGUCUCUGCGGCGGCAUGGCUGGAGCAGUGUGGCCUUCGGCCUCUUCAUGCUGGCCCUCGGGGGGCAGUGGGCAGUCCUGCUGGACGGCUUCCUGAACCACUUCUCCCGUGGAAAGGUGAUCAUCACACUCUCCAGUAUUCAGCGGGCCACCAUGAGCUCUAUGUCGGUGCUGAUCUCAGCAGGUGCCGUCCUGGGGAAGGUCAACUUGGUGCAGCUGAUGUUGAUGACACUAGUGGAGGUGACAGUCUUUGGUACCAUGAGGAUGGCCAGCAGGCAAGUCCUCCAGACAGACGACCACGUAAGCAUGAUGUAUGUCCAUGUGUUUGCGGCCUGCUUUGGGCUGACUUUGGCCUGGUACCUCUCAAGGCCUCUGCUUGAAGGAGUGGAGGAGAAAGAAAAGACAGCAACGAGCCCCAGUUUGUUUGCUAUGCUGGGAUCCCGGGAAGGCCCUGUUGCACUGGUGGUGCACCUCAUUGUGGGAGGAGGGUCUGGUCCUCAGAUCCAGACCUCAGGACCUCAGGAGGGCGCCAUGGCACUGACAGGGUGCCUGGUUACUCACGUCCACAAUGCGGUGCUGGCAGGAGGCGUGGCUGUGGGUGUCUCAUGUCACCUGAUCUCUUCUCCCUGGCUGGCCAUGGUGCUGGGUCUUGUGGCUGGGUUGAUAUCCACUGGGGGAGCCAAGUGCCUGCCGUUGUGUUUCAGCUCAGUGCUGGGGAUUCACGAUACCUGCAACGUGUACUCCACCUUCGGCUUGCCGGGUCUGCUCGGAGGGAUCACCUACAUUGUGCUUGUAGUGCUUCAGAUCAGCUGGACCAAGAAUCCCAUGAUCAGCUACCAGGUGCUCCUUGACUUUGGGGCACUCAGCUUGGCCGUGGCGAUGGGUCUGGUGUCUGGUCUCCUGACAGGUAUACUCCUAGAUCUCAACAUAUGGAAAGCACCUCAUGUGGCUAAAUAUUUUGAUGACCAAGCUUUCUGGGAGUUUCCUCAUUUGGCUGUUGGAUUUUAAGCAAAAGCAGCCAAAAGAAACAAGGCCUGCUUGAAAACAAGACAACUUUCUUUUGCUGUGGCCCACCUUUACUUGUAUGCGACA